AUGGAUUUCUUACUGAAUUUAGAAUCCCAUCAACCACAACUAUACGUGACUGCAAGCAUCUUCAAUAAUUCUAAAGAUACAAACUUAUUAUUACAUUCAUCGCCAGCUAGACAUCAACAGACAACUGGAGUAGCCAAUUCUCAAGAUGUUGACUGUUCAUAUCCAGACGACUAUAUAUCCAUACAUGAAUUCUCCACUAAAAGUAACACAAAUUUAUAUCCUAAGUACAAUUUAACACUUUCAAGUGAUUGGUCUGAGUUUUUAAAAAUUUACCUUGAAAAUUAUGUCUCCAGUGCCUUCUUAUUUGAUAUCACCUUAACACCAGGAUUUAAAUCACACGGUCAAAUAAAAUCUACAAUGCACCUAAGCAACUGUUAUGAGUCAUACAAGAUAUGUGAUUUUCAAAUCAUCGGUCAAUAUCAAUGUAAAGAAGACUGUGUUCAUGAUGUUAAGCAGUAUAAAUUUUUAAAUAAUAAUUAUACUUCAAUAAAACAAGCAAUACCUAACAAAGAAGAUUGUGAAAAAAUUUGUUGGGCAAUAAAACAGCCACAUACAUACAGAAAUGGUGGAUUGUAUAUUUGUGGGAAAAGGUAUAAAGUUCUCUAUACUGAUUUCAAUGAAGCAUUAAUGGCCACUGAACAAAGUGGAAUAAAUAAAAUGGAUCCAAGUACUUUCACAGCGACACGAUUAAAACGAUACAAUGAAGAAGAUGUAGAUACUAAAGGAAAUUUGAAAUUCAUGCUGUUAAUUGGAUUUCACAAAUAUAAUCAAGAACAGGAAAAAUGCAAUGAAGCUAUAGUGGAUACAAUGGGUUUACUGAAAAGAAAAUUAACAUGUUACAAUGUAUAUUGA